CACACACACACACAGACACACACACAGUCAAACAAGAAAAAAAUAGACUCUUCGUAACCACAUCGGUGUAGCUAUGAGUGUGCUCAUUUGAGACGGCAAGAUUACAUCUUCAGCUACCCGCCACCCCGAAAGAUGCUGUCAGGACAUUGAGGAAGUUUUGCAUCAGAGCAUGAAUAAGAUGCCCAAAAGAAGCAGAUAACAAAGCAGACUGCUGCAGGGUGCCUGGGACUGCAGACCUCGCACCUCGGAGACAAGGCAAAAGAUCUUCUCGUUUUUCACAUCACUCAGCUUUGACGGCUUCAUCAGUACUCACUCAACAGGAUGGCCACCGAUGCCACCGUGAUGCCGACGUUCGACUACAACUUGCUGCCGGACUUCCCGCCGUGCGAGCGGCCCACCCUGAACGGCCACGCCCAGAUGGUGGUGUACUUCCUGGUCUUCCUGCUGGGCAUGCUGGGUAACAGCGUGGUGGUCUUCGUGGUGUGCAGCAUGGUGAGCCGCCGCACCUCCACCGACGUCUACCUCAUGCAUCUGGCCGUGGCCGACUUCCUCUUCUCGCUGACGCUGCCCUUCUGGGCCGUGGCCCACGGCAACCAGUGGGUGUUCGGCACCUUCCUCUGCAAGCUGCUGUCGGGCGUGCAGGACACGGCCUUCUACGGCUGCGUCUUCCUGCUGGCCUGCAUCAGCGUGGACCGCUACCUGGCCAUCGUCAAGGCCACGCAGGUGGCGUCGCGUCGGCGCCACCUGGUGAAAGUGGUGUGCAUGGCGGUAUGGCUGCUGGCGCUGGCGCUGGCCGUGCCCGUGGUAGUGCAGCGCGAGGCUUUCGUACCCGUCGGCCACAGCGCCAUGGUGUGCGUGGACAACCUGACGGCGGAGAAGAUGGACGAGUGGCGCACGGGCAUGCGGGUGACGCGCCACGUGCUGGGCUUCUUCCUGCCGCUGCUGGUGAUGCUGGCGUGCUACGGCUGCACCAUGGUGACGCUGUGCAAGGCCAACGGGCGCAACGGCAGCCAGAAGCACAAGGCCAUGCGCGUCAUCCUGUCCGUGGUGCUGGCCUUCGUGCUCUGCUGGCUGCCCAUCAACCUCACCCACCUGGUGGACACGCUCAUGAGGCACCACGUGCUCGGGGAGGACUGCGAGAGGCAGGACCAGUUGGAUCUGGCGCUGCAGGUGACCCAGGUCAUCGCCUUCCUGCACUGCGCCAUCAACCCCAUCCUCUACGCCUUCAUCGGCAAGAAGUUCCGCAACCAGUUCCUGCACUCGCUCUACCAGAAGGGCCUCAUCGGCAAGGACUCCCUGGCGCUGUUCCGGAAGGGCUCCGCUCAGAGCUCCAUCAGCUCCCGGGUGACGUCCAUCACACUUUAGUCGGCCUAAAGGCAGAGGGUGACAAACU